AUGGAGCAGGAAGAGGAAGAAGAGCAGGAAUCACAACUUAAGUUCAAGGAGAUUUACCUGACUAAGGGCAGUGGAAGCUACCUGCCCAAGGAGGCCAUGAGAGCCUUGUCCCAGUCUCUAGACCUGCCUGUCUGUGUGGUGGAUGAUCACCUGACCUCUGAAGCUGUCAAUGAGAUGGAGCAGAGCAAUUCUACCAGGAGCAGAGCAACCUCAGUGAUGGAAACCACAGAAGAGGGGAAGCUCAACAAUGUGGAACAUCUGACACUUAUGGACUUCCUUCAAAACCUAACUGAGAAGCAAUGGAGGGGGAUUCGUGAGGGCAUGUUUGACCCGCUGACAAAACAACAGCUUGCCGGCUUGUGUCUGAGGAUUGUCCAGUUUUUAUCGGACAAGCUGAUGCAGAUCAUCAUCCCAGGUCUUUACGAACUACUGGGCAUCCAAGAUGCUGCCUCCUCUCCAUUGUCACAGAGAUCUCUCACAGCGUCACUCACCAGUCUGUUAGACGAUAAGACUAACACCAAGUCCCGCGUGAGAUUUACUGAGGCUGGUGUACCUAAGAGGCCAGGCAGUCGAAAGCUUUACAAUAGCUUUCGCAUCCCGACUCCCUACCCUUCCUCCAACUGUAUGGAGCAGGAAGAGGAAGAAGAGCAGGAAUCACAACUUAAGUUCAAGGAGAUUUACCUGACUAAGGGCAGUGGAAGCUACCUGCCCAAGGGGGCCAUGAGGAUUCUAACCUCUCUGUCUGAUGUGCAGAAAAAAACAACCAACUCUGAGACGCUACAAGUCCUCUUAGGUGUCUCAGAGGACACCCUCGUCACCUGUGUGCAGGACAGCCUGCAAGGUUCUCUCUCCAAACUUGCAUGCAUGUCCAAUUCUCCAUCUGGAAGUGCAGGCUCUAUGAUGCUAACCCCUGCUGUAAUGGCAAAGUUGGCUAAAGAUGUCAAGUCGGCCUUAUCAGUGGUCGUUAAGAGUGCCUCCGCUAGCCAAACCUCUCUAGUGACACCGGUAAGGGGAGACUCACAGACCAAGGUGACUGAGAGCAUGGUGAGAGAGCUGGCUGCUAAACUUGAAAAAGUUGACCAAGAGAGCAAGAGUCUAACAGGGCAAGUCAUGACCAUGAUCUCUGACACAAUGGUGGCUUUUGUUGACGAGAACGAACAGAAUUUGCUGAAAGAUCUGAAGGACAAGAUCACGUUUUUGGCAUCGCAUACUGAGAUGUCAAAGGAGGACCCCCUGUACACUGUUGGAGAAAAAGGAUCAAAAAAGGAACCCGAGUCCUGCUCUCCUGAACCGGAGUCCUGCUCUCUUGAACCGGAGUCCUGCUCUCCUGAACCCGAGUCCUACUCUCCUGAACCCGAGUCCUACUCUCCUGAACCCGAGUCCUACUCUCCUGAACCCGAGUCCUACUCUCCUGAACCCGAGUCCUACUCUCCUGAACCCGAGUCCUGCUCCAGUUAA